AUGACCGGAGAGAAGAUCCGCUCUCUGCGCAAAGACCAGCGGCCCAGCAAGGACGAGGAUCUCCUGGAACCCGACGAGGAGGCAGCGACGGGCACUUUCACCACCUCCAAGGCCCACAACAAGAGUAGAGCCAGUAAGAUCUUCAGCAACCACAAGAUCCCCAAGUCCUCCUCCUCCUCCUCCUCCAGCCAGCAGCAGAACCAGCAGUCCCAGAACAACGCCAACACUCCUGCCCUGUCCACAGAAGUCACCGAUGACAACAACAGAAACCCCAUACUCCGAGCCGUGCAGGACUAUCCCGUGCAUGAGUGUGUAUUCAAGGGAGAUGUCCGCAGACUGUCUUCUCUGAUCCGUACACAGAACAUAGCCCAGAAAGAUGUACAUGGAAACACACCUUUACAUCUUGCAGUCAUGAUGGGGCACAAAGAGUGUGCCCAUCUCCUGCUGGCCCACAAUGCCCCAGUGAAGGUGAAGAAUGCUCAGGGCUGGAGCCCCCUGGCUGAGGCCAUCAGUUAUGGAGACCGACAGAUGAUCACGGCGCUGCUGAGGAAGCUGAAGCAGCAGUCCAGGGAGAGUGUGGAGGACAAACGGCCCAAGCUGCUCAAUGCACUUAAAGAACUUGGAGACUUUUAUUUGGAGCUCCAUUGGGACUUUCAAAGUUGGGUCCCUUUACUCUCCCGGAUACUGCCAUCAGACGCAUGCAAGAUCUACAAGCAAGGCAUCAACAUCAGACUGGAUACAACCCUCAUAGACUUUAGUGACAUGAAGUGCCAACGCGGGGACCUCAGCUUCAUCUUCAACGGCAACGCCAUCCCCUCAGAGUCUUUUGUUGUUUUAGACAAUGAGCAAAAGGUUUACCAGCGAAUACACCAUGAGGAGUCCGAAAUGGAGACCGAGGAGGAAGUGGACAUCUUGAUGAGUAGUGACGUUUACUCGGCCACAUUAUCGACCAAGUCCAUCACGUUCUCCAGAGCGCAGAGCGGCUGGCUCUUUAGAGAGGACAAGACGGAGCGCAUUGGGAACUUUUUGGCCGAUUUCUACUCCGUGAACGGGUUGGUGCUAGAGUCCCGCAAGAGACGAGAGCAUCUGAGUGAGGAGGACAUCCUGAGGAACAAAGCCAUCAUGGAGAGUCUGAGCAAAGGAGGAAACCUCAUAGAGCAGAACUUUGAGCCAACGAGGAGACCGUCUUUAACUCCUCCGACGGCAAAUACUAUCUCAUGGGAGGAGUACAUCACAGCUGACAAUGGAAAAGCUCCACAUCUUGGAAGAGAACUUGUCUGCAAGGAAAGCAAGAAGAACUUCAAAGCUACAAUAGCAAUGAGUCAAGAUUUCCCUCUGGGCAUUGAAUCAUUGUUAAAUGUCCUGGAGGUUAUUGCACCAUUCAAGCACUUUAAUAAACUCAGGGAGUUUGUUCAGAUGAAGCUCCCUCCAGGUUUUCCAGUCAAGCUUGACAUCCCUGUUUUUCCUACAAUCACAGCCACCGUGACAUUUCAGGAGUUUCGCUAUGAUAAGUUUGAGCCAUCUAUUUUUACCAUUCCUGAUGAAUACAAAGAAGACCCUAGUCGAUUUCCUGAUCUUUAA